UAGCAUUGGUCGCGACCGGCGUGGCCCAAGUCCCGGCUCUCCUGCGUUCACCGAAUAAAAAAGAAAAUACAAAAAUAUAAAAAAAUACUCUCUCCCGGCGGUGCGAGAAAGAGGUGUGUUGAACGCAUCCAACCAACUCUCAGUUCAGUUCUGCUCAGUGUGUGUCGUCGUACAGCGCGCGGUCGACGAGAGUGGUUCCUCUUGGGUUCCGAAAUUUUCGAUGAAGAUUUGCUAAGGUGACUUUGACUGCUGGAGUCACUGCAAGUGCUUGUGUGUGGCUUGUAAUUGGAUCCUUGGUGAGCCGAGUUUGGUUUGGAUCGGAUCGUAACGAAUCUCCGCGGUGGUAACGGAAGUGUAGAGGUGUCUUGAGUGAGUGCGGUUUGUUCAGCGGAAACACCCAGUAGACGUCGUCUCCGGCCGCUUGAGUAAGCAGGAUGAGUCGUCGCUACUCGCGCGUCGAGUCCGGAUCGGACCUGUUGGCCUUCCUGGACCGGGGCCACUCGGCCAACACCGAGAACCGCUGGACGUUCGAGGUCGCAUGGGAGGUCGCCAACAAGGUCGGUGGAAUUUACACGGUUAUCCGCUCGAAGGCGUUCGUGUCUACGGAGGAGCUCGGGGAUCAGUACUGCCUGAUUGGUCCUUAUAAGGAGGCGUCCGCCCGAACCGAAGUUGAGGCGUGCGAGUUCCCGAGCAAUGGUCCGCUGUACAAGGCCGUCAGCGAGAUGCGCAACCAGGGCAUCAAGGUGCACUGUGGACGCUGGCUGGUCGACGGAAACCCGCAGAUCAUUCUUUUUGAUCUGGGUUCGGCCGCCUGGAAGAUGGACGGCUACAAGCAUGAGUUGUGGGAGUCGUCCAAUGUUGGAAUUCCGCACCUGGACGUCGAGAGCAACGAUGCCGUCAUCCUGGGCUACACUAUUGCUACCUUUAUCGCGGAGUUUAAGCGUUGCGCCGAGCAAUACUCCCGUGACAACGAGUACGGACCGCCGCGUAUUGUGGCACACUUUCACGAGUGGCAGGCGGGUGUGGGUUUGAUUGCGCUGCGUACCCGCCACGUGGACGUAGCUACGGUGUUCACGACCCAUGCAACCCUGCUGGGACGAUAUCUGUGCGCGGGUAAUACCGAUUUCUACAACAACCUGAGCAAGUUCCCGGUGGACGAGGAAGCGGGCAAGCGUCAGAUCUACCAUCGGUACUGCCUGGAACGGGCCGCUACUCAUUUAUCGCACGUGUUCACUACGGUUUCGGAGAUUACCGGUUACGAGUCGGAGCAUCUGCUGAAGCGCAAGCCGGACAUCAUCACGCCGAACGGGUUGAACGUGAAAAAGUUUUCCGCGAUCCACGAGUUCCAGAAUCUGCACGCCAUGGCUAAGGAAAAGAUUCACGAGUUCACUCGCGGACACUUUUACGGUCACAUCAACUUUGACCUGGAGAAGACGCUGUACAUGUUCAUUGCCGGAAGGUACGAGUUUUCGAACAAGGGUGCUGACAUCUUCAUCGAAGCACUGGCUCGGUUGAACCACCUGUUGAAGAAUCACCUGCCCGAUGUUACGGUGGUUGCAUUUUUGAUUUUCCCAGCCAAAACCAACAAUUUCAACGUGGAGUCGCUCCGUGGUCAUGCGGUCAUCAAACAGUUGCGCGAAACCAUCAACAGUGUACAGCAGCAGAUUGGCAAGCGCAUGUACGAGACCUGCCUGCAAGGUUCCCUCCCCGAUGGCAACGAAAUUCUCACCAAGGAAGAUAUCGUCAAGAUUAAGCGUUGUCUGUACAGCUUGCAACGCGACACCAACCCACCGGUGACCACCCACAACAUCGUGGACGACUGGAACGACCCCGUGCUGGAUUCGGUGCGCAGAUGUCACCUCUUCAACACCAAGUACGAUCGCGUCAAGAUCGUCUUCCAUCCGGAGUUCCUCAACUCGACCAACCCUCUGUUCGGGCUGGACUACGAGGAGUUUGUGCGUGGUUGCCAUCUGGGCGUUUUCCCUUCGUACUACGAACCGUGGGGCUACACUCCGGCCGAGUGCACCGUGAUGGGCAUCCCGAGCAUCACGACCAACCUGUCCGGCUUUGGGUGCUUCAUGCACGAGCACAUCGCCGACCCCAAGUCGUACGGUAUCUAUAUUGUCGACCGGCGCCACGUCAGCGUCGAGGAGAGCGUGCAGGAACUGUCCAAGUAUAUGUUUGAGUUCUCCAAGCUCAACCGGCGUCAACGCAUCAUCCAGCGUAACCGUACCGAGCGGUUGAGCGACCUGCUCGACUGGAGAAAUCUGGGAAUCUACUACCGCCAAGCCCGCAUCAAGGCCCUGCAGACGGUCUACCCGGAUUACGUCGACGAGUCGGAGUCGUACCUGAAGCGCGCCUCCGAUUUCAACUACCCACGUCCGGUCAGCGCUCCACCAAGUCCCAGCUCUUCCCGUCACACCACGCCGGCCCCCUCGCUGCACGGUUCCGACGACGAACAGGACUCGGUUAACUCGGAGGAGGAGCUCGAAGAGCUGAAGAAGGUCAACUCGCACUAAGCGUUAGCAACCAAUUGACACACACAAAAUGAUGAAAGCUAGGUGAAACCACCCGUUCCCAGUGCACCGAUACCAGAGCCAAGCAUCACUACCAUAGGCGGAAUCUUAACUCUAGAACACAGGCACGCUGAUAACCCCACAAUAAUGCUAGUGCCCACGAUGCUGGUGAGGAGAUUUCAUGUUGGUCCUAUUUGUUUAUUACCUUUGUUUACAAGAGAAUUUAUUCGUCCAGUUUUACUUCCACCCCCUUCCCAUAGCCAGUAACCACUUCAUGUCUGUGUGUUCAGCCCGUAAGAGUAAUGUUAUCAUGAAUUUGAGAUUACAGAGUUUAUCAAUAGCUAAGCGAAUAUUUUAAAAAUGCUCCCGGCAGCGAACGUUACGUUUUAGUUUUUAAGGAAAUUUAUGUUAAUUAUGGAAAAUCAUCACAAUGAGAGAAUAAAUGAUAUAUCUGACAGUUUUAG